CAGCGCUUCUGACUCCGUAACCCCGCUGAGAAGAACCCACGCAGAUUUCCUCUCCGGGCGCAGCGCCCUUUAAUUUGGAUCGGCAUAAAUGAAUGAACAACAAGGGAAUAUCGCCAGACGAUUGCACCCUGGAAACUGUCUUUUGUCAAACAAGACAACCAGGAGGAUUUUAUGUCGAGCUUGACAGGCAGCUCAGCAUGACUUUUUACGUCUGGAGCUUCAUCUCAAGAUUGUCAAAUGCGUAAAACGGCGGCCGGUGUUUUCUGCCUCCACCCGCUAAGGAGUCACGCUGUGAUUAACGGAUCAGGUUUUUGACUGGCAGGACAAAUGAAUACAAAUGAAUUUAGGCACCCGAAGGAGAGCUUGCAGAACCUCUCAUCUAGAUACAAAGAGAGCCCUCUUGCUCUGUACAGUUUUAUAUUGUACUUGUUACCUGGGACUUACACAAGAACACCCUGAAGAUGUUGAUAUCCUCCAAAAGUUGGGGCUUAAGGGACAGAAGCCAUCACGUUCUGUGCCAGAAGGGGUCAUUCCAUUCAGAGCAGGGAUCAUCCUCAACCAGAGGGCGCAUAUUGAGGCUCCACUGCACUCAAUCCUUCCAGCGGCCAUCUGGCCCAAAUUGGCACUGGUCCUGAGUGUACGCUCACACCGUGUAAACAGUGCUUUCCUCUUCACUCUGCUUUCAAGCAACAAGAAACUCCUCUUUGGUCUACAGCUUGUACCAGGCAGUCUUGUCCUACAUACAGGACCAAACACCUCAGUGACACUGCCAUAUGAGCCCCAUGAUGGCCAGUGGCACCAGUUGGCACUUGGAAUUAAUGGAAAGACAGUGACUCUAUAUGCCUCCUGCGGAGAGCAGAGUGUCCAGGCAGACUUUGGGUGGGAUAGUGAGGAAGGACUGGCUCCAGAACUCCAGGGCUCCUUCCUGCUGGGGAGAUCAAGUCAACAGCAAACAUCAGGAUCCUUUGAAGGAGCAAUUUGCCAGUUUGAUCUGGUCCCUUCUGCACAGGCAGCUCACAACUACUGCAGAUACAUUAAGAAACAAUGCAGGGAAGCUGACACGUAUAGGCCUAACCUUUCUCCUUUACUGCCUAUUAUUCCAAGAGUAACAAACAUUUCAGCCUCUUCUGUUACCCCAAAGCGCGGUAGUUCAGAAACCCCUAGAAAGACCACAGGGUUAAGCCUUGCCAGAAAUGUUGCUGCUGCUGCCUCAGCUGUCAGGUAUGCGCUUCCAAAAAAGCAAAAACAGAUAAUUAUACCCACUCCUCUGCUAAUAACUGUAACCCCAACCACAUCCCAAAUGGGUUUGGUUGUCCCUUCCUCCAUAACUAAGACUGAAACUGUAACAGCACCACUCAGGACACCAGCGCCACGCACAAAACCACAAACCCCAGGUUUAAAAGCUCCAAAUCACAAAAGUGCUAAGCCAACACCACCAAAGCCCACUCCACAAAAACACUUAAAAAAGACAACAGCAGGACCAGACAGGAAGAAAUUUAGCAGCCCUGCCACUUUAACAACCAAGUCUCCUAAGACCAAAUCUGGCACUGUUUUAAAAGACCAAGCUGGAGUCCUGAAAAAGCCGCAACCCACAACAGCAAAGAAAAUACUACCCAAGUCUAAAGCUCCUCCAUCCACAGUUACUCUACCCAAAUCAAAAUCAAAUCCUGUCAAAGUUACCCCUUCUAAGUCAACACUUCCCAAAUCAAAGCCAUCAAAAUCAACAGUCACCAAAACUACAACUGCUAAACCCCAAAAGCCAACUUCCAAACAAACAACAAAGCCAACAAGGAAACCCGAAACUACCAAGGCUCCAAUGAAUCCACGACCUACUAAGCCUACAUUCAACACAGUAACGCCACCUGCCACGGAUAGUUACGUGAGUUGGGAGGUGCCACCAACACUGUUUCCAAGUAUGCCGGGACCCAAGGGAGAAAAAGGAGACCCAGGCCUGCCGGGACUGCCGGGACCUCCAGGGAAACCAGGCCUGCCAGGCAAGAGGGGUCCCCGGGGUGACCCUGGUCCCCAUGGGAAUCCUGGCAGACCUGGCCCACCUGGACUUAAGGGGAAAAAAGGAGAUCCGGGCAUUUCACCAGGGCCAGCACCUAAAGGAGAGAAGGGAGACUCAGGGAUUAUUGGCCCAGUUGGAAAGCCUGGUCAAGAAGGUCGAAAGGGACAGAAAGGUUACCCUGGUCCACCUGGACUUCCUGGAGAGCCAGGAGAACAGGGUCCAAUCGGAAGCCCAGGUGCCAAAGGUUAUCCUGGCAGGCAGGGAUUACCGGGGCCUAUUGGACCAAAAGGACUGAAAGGCAUUCGGGGUUUCAUUGGAAUCCCAGGCCUUUUUGGCCUGCCCGGCCCUGAUGGCGAAAGAGGAAUUCCAGGCGAACCAGGGAAGAGGGGCAAGAUGGGUAGGCCGGGGUUCCCAGGAGAUUUUGGGGAGAGAGGACCACCUGGACCAGAUGGAGAGCCAGGUGACAUGGGCGCCCCAGGUCCAAACGGAGUGCCCGGACUAAUUGGUGACAUGGGACCUGUGGGAGAAAUGGGCCCUCCUGGACCUGCUGGACUCAAGGGGGUACCCGGAAAUACUGGAGAACCAGGACUGAAAGGUGAUAAGGGAGACAUUGGGAUUCCUGGAGAGCAGGGGGAGGCUGGGUUCAAAGGAGAUAAGGGUAUCCAAGGAGCUCCAGGUUUACAAGGCCCUCGUGGGAAACCAGGACCACAGGGAAAAGUUGGAGAGAAAGGUCCUGAUGGAGCACCUGGACCACCAGGCCCUGAGGGUUUUCCUGGUGACAUGGGACCACCGGGAGAAAACGGAUUUGAAGGACCAAAGGGAAAACAAGGAGACAGAGGUCUACCGGGGCCCCGAGGGAUACCUGGCCUAGAGGGAGACGAGGGACCGAUCGGGCCACCGGGACCAUCAGGACUUGAGGGUAGAUUGGGAAGAAAAGGAUUUCCUGGGAAGGUUGGCCCAGAGGGAGUUAAGGGAGAAGGCGGUAUCCCAGGAAAAGUUGGUCCCAUGGGAGAAAGAGGCUUGGUGGGUUUUAUCGGACCUGUGGGAGAGGCAGGGCUGGCAGGAGAGAAGGGAGAUCGAGGGGAGAUGGGCCUUCCUGGACCACCUGGAGUAAAAGGAUCAACGGGUCACCCAGGCACUCCAGGUGAAACCGGACCUGCUGGACCACCAGGAAGAACAGGCCCUCCUGGAGCAAGUGGGCCAGCCGGUACAAGAGGUCCCAAAGGCUUGCGGGGAGCGAGGGGGCCUGAUGGUCCAACAGGAGAGGUGGGGUCAGAGGGCAAGAAGGGUCCCGUUGGGCCUCCAGGAAAACUAGGCUUCCCAGGAUCACAGGGAAAGAUCGGAGAGCCGGGAGACACUGGGCCUAAAGGUUUUCCUGGUAUCCAAGGGCCUUCUGGACCUCCGGGGGACAAGGGGAUAGCUGGGGACCCAGGACCACCUGGACCACCUGGAACUGUGGGACUUUUAGGAGAAAUUGGUCCCAAGGGUCCUGAUGGCAAAGAGGGUGAACCAGGAGUUCCAGGUGAAUCUGGGCCGAAGGGGGGCAUUGGACCACCAGGGAACAUUGGAGAACAAGGAUUGAUAGGACAGAGAGGAGCGCCAGGACUAGAGGGUGAAGCUGGUCCAGCUGGUCCUGAUGGAGCCAAGGGUGAAAAGGGUGACAUGGGUCAGGAGGGUGACAAAGGCGAAAAGGGUGAAACUGGACUAAAGGGAAAAGAAGGUCCAUCUGGUAUGCCUGGACUCACUGGCGUCAGGGGUGCAGAAGGGAAGCCUGGUAAAAUUGGUGAACGAGGCAAACCAGGCCCAAAGGGUGCUAAGGGUCAGCUGGGUCACCUUGGAGAAACGGGAACAGUAGGAGAGACUGGACCGCCAGGAUUUGUUGGGCCAAAGGGUUCCAGGGGAACUAUUGGACAUACGGGAGCUCCUGGUCGGAUGGGUCAACAAGGGGAAACCGGUCUUCCAGGUUAUGAGGGCCAUCGUGGACCACAGGGACCCAUGGGCCGUCCAGGACCAAAAGGUGAAAAGGGUGAGCAGGGGGAUGAUGGGAAGCAAGAAGGUCCUCCUGGUCCUCCUGGUCUCAUAGGGCCCCCAGGUGACAGAGGAGAGAGGGGUGAAUCAGGAGACCCAGGUUACCAAGGUCAAAUUGGUUUGGAUGGAGAAAGAGGUAGACCUGGAGCCACUGGACAACCAGGCCAUGCUGGAUCGCGUGGACAAAAAGGACCUAAAGGUUCCAAAGGAGAUCAAGGUCAAAAAGGCAAAAAAGGACAGCCUGGACAAAAAGGAGCCAGAGGAGCUGAGGGUGGGGGUGGUCCUCCUGGUCCCAGAGGGGUAGUGGGUCCAGAAGGGCGUGAGGGAGUUCCUGGACAGGAUGGAGUCCCAGGAAAAGAUGGAAGUAAAGGCAUUCCGGGAGACCAAGGUGAUGAUGGAGCAGAAGGCCUUCCUGGUAAGCCUGGAGGACGUGGUAAAACCGGCGUUCCAGGACUACCUGGAGAUCAGGGAGGCAUAGGACCCAAGGGUGAGCAAGGUCUUCGAGGUCAAAGUGGACCAUCAGGAAAAAGAGGUUUUAAAGGUGGAAUGGGACUACCGGGGGCACAGGGAGACAGAGGACCUAAAGGCCAACCUGGAGAUACGGGGGAACAAGGUUUUCCAGGAAUUCUUGGAGUUUUUGGACCAAGGGGGCCUCCAGGAGACUUUGGGCCAAAGGGCAUACGGGGACCUAAGGGGCCACAGGGUGCAAUGGGAAGAAGAGGAGUUGUGGGCCCUGUUGGAAUUAUUGGUCCCAGUGGAAGCGCAGGUCCUAGAGGACAAAAAGGCAAUCGUGGAGAGAAUGGAUUUCAAGGUCCUAGGGGAUCUCCUGGACCUCGUGGACGUCCUGGACCUCCAGGCCCCCCUGCAAUCCUUCCUUCAUUUAUAGAUGAUGGGCAUUUGUUUGUUGAUACACCUACUCCUGACAGGACUAAGUCUGUCCUCCAUCAUAAACCAGCAAUGGACCUGCCAAUGCUCGACCAGGGUACAGAGAUCUUCAAGACCCUCCACUACCUCAGUAACUUGAUCCAGAGCCUGAAGAACCCAUUGGGCACUCGAGACAACCCCGCCCGCAUUUGCAGGGACCUUCAUAGUUGUGAACAGAGAUUGAAUGAUGGUGUUUAUUGGAUUGACCCCAACCUUGGUUGCUCGUCUGAUACAAUAGAAGUCUCCUGCAACUUUACUGGUGGUGGACAAACUUGCCUUAAACCAAUAACAGUAUCAAAGCCAACAAUCGAGGUUGGUCGCGUCCAAAUGAACUUUCUGCACCUCCUGAGCUCAGAGGCUAUUCAGCACAUCACCAUCCACUGUUUAAAUAUCUCAGUUUGGAGGCAAGCAGAGGAUCAGUUGCCUGACCAUCGGUCUGUGAGAUUCAAGGCAUGGACCGGGGAGGUGUUUGAUGUUGGAGGAGAGCUGGAGCCAGACGUUUUGGAAGAUUCCUGCUGGAUAAAAGAUGGGCGCUGGCACCAGACUCAUUUUGUUUUCCAUUCCCUGGAUCCUACCCUGCUUCCCGUGGUUGACAUCUAUAACCUUCCAAAAACAAGCCCAUCUUCACAUUACCACCUGGAGAUAGGUCCGGUUUGUUUUCUCUGAGGGCCACAAUGUAGGUCCUCUUAGCUCACAGAGGAAUGGACAACCUCCCAUGCAAACCCCCUUUCUGCAGACAAGGAGACCAGAAUGGUCAUGUUAUUGUGGCCUAAAACCGUCCAUGUGAGAAAAACUCACUGCCUCCCCGCGCCAAUAACAGAUACUGCUUCACAGCUGAACUCCCGUUGGACUGCAACAGAAAAAGGGGAGUAAGCAGAGAAACCAAGGUGGCGGAAUUACAGGAGCAGAGGGGACCCUGUACUAAUGGGCUUCUCAGAACAGCAAAAGCUUCCUUAAGCUUGUUUAGCAGGAUCCUCAGAUGGACGCCUGCUAAAACAAAAAAAGACCUUGCAAUGUCUCCAGGACAUUUUGUAGUGAAAGGAGGCCAAGUUAAGAAGUAGAUGUUCGAAGUAACUUAUUUUCACAACUGUAUACAGUCUGUAUGCUUUGUGUAAUAUUCAGAUUUUUUCAUAACACCUAAAGUAAUUUGGAUUGUGUAAAUAUAGAUAUAUAUAUGCUCUAAUAUUGAUUUUAUACAUGUAUAUCUUUUGUAAAUUAAUAAUCUUUAAGUGCAAUAGAUAAAAGUUUAAAAAAUAUUUUGCAAAAUAGAGCUCCAAACCAGAUGCUUACAUACACUCUCAAAAAGGUGCAUAGCCUCUUUUUUCUGACUUACUUUAAACUAGACUAAACUUAUCCUGUUAAAGCUCACUUAGGAUUACCAAUAUCGAUUGUAUUUGCUAAGUGCCAGAAUAAGGAGAGAUUUGUUUUGAAGAAAUUUUAUUUACCUUGUUCAAAUUCAGAAGCUUGCAUAUGCCAUAGGAUAACUGUGACUUUAAGAAAUUUGGAAAGGCCCACGUUGUGAUGUCUUCUUUUGCCAGCCUCUGGUAGGUUAAAUUAAAGUAUUUGAUUUAAUUGGGAAAACAGCUAUGGAUCAAUUUUACGGUAACACCUUAACACACUGCUCUCUGGUAGGACAAAGAAAAAAAUUAAAAUAAACCACUAGAAAUCUGACAAGAUAUGACAAAAGAAAAAAAUGUUACAAGGCGGGUUUAUUUUUUAGUACAUUUUCCAGAUCCUAAAGCUGCCAUGUUCCUUUAUUCAAACAAAUUACACGCAAUAAUAAACACUUUCAAAAUGUAUAAGAAAGAAAUGGGUUCUAGGUCUGCGCUAUGAAUGUGUGUACCGCUCCGAUCGCCAAAGGCCUUGUAUCGAUACUGAGGGAAGAUGGUAUCAAUAUCCACUUUGAAAUUGUCUUGUGCUGACAUGGCCUGAAAUGCCGCUCUGCAAGGAAGAGGUCAUUAUGUCAAAACACAAAAAGGAAAUUCAAGUUUGAAAAUACACUGGGGGACAAAUAUCUUAAUUUUCAAAUUGAACAAUGUUACGCCUCUUAAUAUAGAUGUUAUCUCAAGGAAAUAAAAUCAUACCAAACAAUAGCCAUUACAUUAAAGCUUGCCUGUUUACCAAAUGGAAAUAAAAAUGUCUUGGAAAGGCCAUUGCAAAGCCAUGAUGUCAAUGCCAAAGAGAAUUUUAGGCAGAUGCAAAAAUAUGUUUGUGAGCAACACAGCCCAAAAAAGUGACACAAUUUAAGUAGUUUUGUCUGGUGAAAAGAGGCCAAAAUGAAGAUGGAACGGGUACCCAAAGGAUACUCAAAAUGUUUUAUCACAGUCUUGCAUUUUAAAAGGUAAAUCUUACAAUUAUAAGAAAAUGUAUUUAAAUACAUACAAAAAAGAAAAUCUUCAUUCUGGCGUUUUAAGAUAUGUCUGGUUGUUUUUAAAGUCCUAAAGCUGGAAACAUUAAGUGUGAUUACAUCACAGACAAUGAAGAGGAAAGAGGUUGUAUCUUUUUAUAUGAUGUAUGUAAAAAUCUGGUUUAAGCUGUAAUAUGGAAGGAUUUUUUAAUGUUGAAAGGGGCGCCAUUUUACUUGCCUUUGGUGCUCAUAUUCUCAUGGUUUUUCAUAGAUGAAUUUAUCCAGAUGCAAAGGUGGUAUUUUUUAUGUACUCUGAACAGAAGAUAUGAAUUUUAUUUUUUGCUGUGAGAAAAACAGUGGCCACAAGCCAAAGCCAUUUACAUGAUGCAAAUCAUUACGUUUUACAUGGAUGCCACUGAUGACUGAGAGGAGUAUAGAUUGACUGAGAAAGACAAGAACGGAGCUCAAGUUCUCAGUAGUGUUUUAAUAAAUCUUCUCUAACUGUGGAGUAUAGCUUUACGUUCUUGCUUCCUCAUUCACGAAUGAAAUCAACACAAAGUCAGCACCAAUUUCAUUUAAAAUUAAAAUAGAGCUACAGAUAGGGGGCUACUCAUAAAGGAGAUCUGAGCCACAGAAGAAUGGAGAGCAGGUACAGGAAUCAAAACAAAACCUCCAUCUUUUAUCCCUCAUGGUGCUUGGUGCUAAGAACAUUUCCUGAGGUGCUAAUGAUAGUGCUGUUAUACACCACUUACACGCUGAAUUAUUCAACUGCUUCUAGUGCAUGCAGGCUUAUCAAAAUAAAUUAGUUUUGUACCCAUUUUUCCCAUUCCACUCCACUGCACUACAACCUCACCUAACCCAUUCACCGUGAUAUAGUUUCUGAAUUAUAUUACAUUCACACUCUGUAGUUAAAGAAAACCUAAUAUUUUAAAAUGCUUUAAUAUUUCUGCAUUUAUAUCCAGCAUAAAUCACAGGUUUUGAAACAUUUCCAAAAUAAACCUUUAUGUACAAAGCCCCGCUGAGCUGUAUUUAAUAUUUUUAGCAUCUAUUAGAUAGUUUUAGAGAGGGAAGUAAUAAUAAUAGUAGCUGGAAACAAGUGUGUAUAAUUUUGUAAACCUUGCUGUAUACAAUGGAUCCCCUCUUGCUAAUUUAAUGUUAUUUAAUUUUGUUAAUGUGGUUACAGACUGCGCGGAUUUAUAGUAGAUAAGCAAAACUGCUCUUAUUGACAUUGUUAUACAUCUGUGCUCCCAACUGGUCUUGGAGUUUAUGGAUUUUUUUUUUUUUCAAAUGUGUAAAUUUGGGGUUUCCAGAGAACAAAUCUAUUGCAAUAUUAUUUCUUUUAUUUUUCUUUUUUUUUUUCUUCAUUUGUUUUUGUUUCUUUUAUGAUAACCAACCAUGUACUGUACAAGAACUGUGCUCUACUAUAACUAAUAUGUGAAAAUGGUUUCUACUUUUUUGUAAAUCUUUCCUUAAAAUGAGCUAAGAAUACCUCAUCAUUUUACAUGAGCAAAACGUUUCUAAUGCCUUCAUAAUUAAAACCUGUUUGGAAAUAUCAGCCAAAUGCAGCAAGUCAUCAAACUAUUGAUGAGCUCAUUUUUAAUGCGGUCAUCUUUGAUCUGUCCGACCUUUUGUCAUUGUUCAUUGUAUGUUCAAUAAAUAUUUUUAAA